AUGGCCAAAAAGAGCAAGAAAGACAAGGAGGCCAAAAAGGCCAGAUCCGAACAGAAAAACAAGAAAAACCUUGAAAAAGCUGAAAACAAAGACAAGAAGCGAAGCAAGAAGCUAAACUCUGAGGAUGAUGACGAUUUGGACAUUGAUGAGGUACUAGCAGCUUAUCGCAAAGAACAAGACGAUUUCGAGGAAAUCGUUGUGUCAAACAUAGAAAGACCAAGUCAACGUGUUAACUCAUGCAUGAUCUCGAACCCAAUGCAUGGAAAACGAGAACUGAUUCUUUUUGGUGGUGAACACACAAAUUCUUCGACCUCGACCACUAGUUUCUACAACGAACUUUUCACUUACUCACUUGACAGUGCCCAAUGGCGUAAAUUCGGAUCCAAAAACUCCCCAAUGCCUAGAUCUUCUGCCGCUGCUGCGGCACAUCCCAGUGGUGUGGCCCUUUUUCAUGGCGGUGAAUUUUCGUCUCCAAAACAAAAUACGUUCUACCAUUAUUCAGACACUUGGCUUUUGGAUUGCGAUACCAAAGAGUGGACUAAGAUCGAGCAAAAAAACGGACCUAGUGCCCGUUCUGGACACCGCAUGACGGUAUGGAAAAAUUAUUUCAUUUUGCAUGGUGGGUUCCGCGACCUGGGUACUUCAACCACUUAUUUGAAGGAUUGUUGGCUAUUCGAUAUUACCACCUACAAAUGGAAGCAGAUAGAGUUCCCUCCAAGCCAUUCGAUUCCGGAGGCCCGCUCUGGUCACUCCAUCAUUCCAACUCAAGACGGUGCCGUUUUGUGGGGAGGCUACUGUAAAGUCAAAGCUGGAAGAGGUUUGCAAAAAGGCAAAAUUCUCACGGAUUGUUGGUAUCUUGUCAUGAAGUCAGAUAUCAGCGCCAUCAGAUGGGAACGGCGUAAAAAACAAGGAUUUCAGCCAUCGCCUCGUGUUGGUUGCUCUAUGGUGCACCACAAGGGCAGGGGUAUAUUGUUUGGAGGAGUUUACGAUUAUGAAGAAACCGAAGAAGGCUUAAACUCGGAGUUUUUCAAUGAUCUCUUUUCGUAUCAGGUUGAGUCCAACAGGUGGUAUGCCUUGAAGAUGAGACCUCAGAAGAAGAGGGUAGCUGCAGCUCCGAAAAGCAGCAGAAACAAAGACGAAGAGCUUGAAAAUAUCCUAAAUGACAUUCUGAAAAAGGCAAACCUUGCCGAUAACGACGACGGCGCAGAUCCUUACGAUGAUGAGAUCGAAAAAGAAUUGCGAAGAAUUGACGAGCAGGAAGAAGCUGAAAACAAGUCUAAGGAGUACACUAUUUUGACCCAGCUACCCCACCCACGAUUCAAUGCUACCACGGCAGUGGUGGAUGAUCUGUUAUUUAUAUUUGGAGGUAUUUGGGAGUAUGGUGAAAAGGACUACGGAAUUGACUCGUUCUACAGCAUUGAUCUUAAUAAACUUGAUGGGGUAAGAUUAUUCUGGGAAGAUCUGAAUGCGGUUGAGAAAGCGACGAUGGAAGACGAGGACGGAGAAGACGAGGACGGAGAAGACGACGAAGACGAAAAUGAGGAUGGAGAUGACGAUGAUGAUGAUGAUGGUGAGGAAGACGUGGGUGAUAGAAAGCUGGUCGCCGAGGAAGAUGACGAGGAAGAAGAGGAGGAGGAGGAAGAAGAAGAACCAGAAAUACCCGAUCUAAGACCCUGGCUCCCACAUCCAAAGGCUUUCGAAUCACGGCGUGAAUUCUACAUUCGCACUGGUGCUGAAUUUCUGCAGUGGGCUAUUUCGAAUAAGCGGGAUGCCAAGGGCAAACAUUUAAAGAGGCAUUCCUUCGAGUUGUGCCAGGAUCGCUGGUGGGAAAGACGCGAGCAGGUUAGAAUUGAAGAAGACAAGCUGGAAUCUCUGGGUGGUGUAGAAAAUGUGGUAGAAAGAGAUCCGGCAGCGCAGACUUCGAGAAGAAGAUGA